CCCCAGGCCGACCCUCACGAUGGGCCUCUUCAACCGCCAACCCCGCAAUGGCCCCGUCAUUGCUCCCAACGCCGCCGCCGCCAAUGGCCACGGUAAUCGCGCCCAUCGCGAGCCCUACACCAUGAUGACCAGGCCGAGCUUUGGCCAGUGGGUCAGGGCUACCUGGCUCGACAUUGUCACAAUGGCUGUCAUGGGCGCCAUCGGUCUGGGCGUCUACUGGGCAAAGCCGGCCCCGACGCGCUCCUUCGCCGUCACCUUCGCCGACGGCGAGGUCGUGUAUCCCGAGUUCGCCUAUCCCAUGCGCAAGGAGAUCAUCCCCAUCUGGCUCGCCGCCUUGCUCGCCUCCAUCAUCCCCAUCUUCCUCAUCCUCGUCAUGCAGGUCCGCAUCCGCUCCUUCUGGGACGCCAACAACGCCAUCAUCGGCCUGCUCUACAGCCUCGUCACAGCCGCCGUCUUCCAGGUCUUUGUCAAGUGGCUCAUCGGCGGCCUGCGCCCCCACUUCCUGACCGUGUGCCAGCCCGACGUGUCGCUGGCCUCCAACGCGCCCGGAAUCGCGGGCGAGGGAUACAACGCCAAGGGUUUCACCGAGAUCUACUACACGCGCGAGAUCUGCACGGGCGACCAGAAGCAGAUCAACGACUCGCUCGAGAGCAUGCCCAGCGGCCACACCACGGCCGCCUUUGCCGGCUUCGUCUACCUGUCGCUGUACCUCAACGCCAAGCUCAAGGUCUUCUCCAACUACCACCCGGCCAUGUGGAAGCUCGUCGCCAUCUGGGCCCCCAUCCUCGGCGCCUGCCUGAUCGGCGGCGCCCUGACCAUCGACGAGUUCCACAACUGGUACGACGUCCUCGCCGGCGCCACCAUCGGCACCGUCAUGGCCUUCAGCGCCUACCGCAUGACGUACGCCUCGGUGUGGGACUGGCGCUGGAACCACAUCCCCCUCAGCAGAGUGACUCCCCUGCCCUACGGCGGCGCCCCCGAGCUGGCCGGCGCCACCUUCACGCGCCGCGUCGGCUGGGGCGUCAGCGGCGCCGGCUUCCCCUUCACCGGCGAGCACGGCUUUGCCGGCGACCACCUGCACAACGGCCAUCACAACGGCCACCACGACGCGGUGCCCGUCGGCAGCGGCGCUAACGGGGGAGGCGUCUUCACUAGGAAACCCGUUGGCCCCAGCGGCGUUAGGGGUGCCGGCGACAAUAUGGUUAGAGGCGGAGAAAUAUAUGGUUUAGGGGCGGAGAAAUAUGUGGUUUAGGGGCGGAGAAAUUCCACGGUUCCAUGGCCAUGAUUGCAAUGAACGAAAUUGGUGCUUGGAUGGGCUGCUCUGUUUUCAUGCGAGUGAAUGUGGGGUGAGGCGGCUGUGGCGGAAACAGAUGGAACCACCGCCAGCGCGGGAUCCAAAGGUUUUACGAGGGGUUGUUGUUUCUUUUCUACAGACUCGGCAUGUUUCUCGGCACAAGUGGCAGGCGUAGGAAAUACCCUUUCUAGUAAUGUAAUGGUAACGAUUAUUUCAAUAUAGAUUCCGGCCGGGUGUGAUAAGGGAAUCAAAGGUGCUUUGGCAGCCC